AAAGUCUAAGUGUCACUUUCAAUUGGUAGCAUAUGAAUUAUGAAACUACAUGGAGUAGCAUCUAUGUACACUAAAUUUAGUUAUCUCACAAAACGAAUUUAGGUCUGCUGAUAUAUGUUCGUAGGGAGUUAUUGUUGGUGACAAUAAAUGAGGUGAAACGUAAUCACCUUUUGGUCCACAAAGGAAAUCUACUUUCAUCACAUUUCAAUCAAAAGGUUAAAAAGAAAUAAAUACAAGAAACUGAGUGAGAGAUCAUUUUGAAACUCAUAAUGUGUAUUCUCAUGCAAUCUUAUUACACAUACAUUUGCUUGUUUGGACUGUCCUUGCUUUCUGUGUUUAUUGCUCAAAAACAAAAAACGAUGCCUAAGCAUCGCUGGCGCAAGUCGUUCAAAUCCUUUUUUGGAAGUCACGUCGAUUCCGUAAAGGAUGAGGAGCUUAGAGGAAACAGAGCAGAAAUGGAGGACAGGGUGCAGAAAAUCUUGAAGUCGCUGAGAGAAGAUGAUAAUGAUGGAAAAGAGCCACUGGUUGAUUUGAUUGAGGAUUUUAACAAUCAUUACCAGUCUCUUUUCGCGCAUUACGAUCAUCUGACUGAAGAGCUGAGAAAGAAAGCACACGGGAAGAACGGGAAGGACAGUUCUUCGUCCAGCUCAGAUUCCUCGGACUCAGAUCAGUCAUCACCAAAGAAAAAGGGCGAAAAAAAUGGCGAAGUUAAGAAAAGUUUCGAAAAGCAAGAACUCGAAGCGGCACUUUUUGAAGUUGCUGAGUUGAAGAGUAAGUUGACCAUCACUUUAGAUGAAAACGAAACACUGAAUCGGGAUUACCAAAGUGUUUUGAGCAAAACAGAGGAAGCCCAGAAAAUUAUAACAGAGUUAAAUGCUGAAGUUGAAAGAUCGAAAGAUGAGAGUUCAAAACUUUUUGUUGAAAAUGGUGAUCUGAAAAUAGAACUGGAGAGUUCACAUAAGCUACAAGCUGAACUGAGCCAGAAAUUGGAAGCCGUGAGUGUGGAGAGAGAGGCUGCUCUCUGCAAAAUCGAUGAGGCGAAGAAAAGUACUGAAGACUUGAGACUCGUUAAUGGCCAAUUACAACUCGAGAAAGACACCGUACAGCUGGAACUGGAAGCCGUGAAGGUAGAAUUUUCUACUCUAAGGGAAAAACUGGAAUCGGCAGAAAAUGAAAUCGCUAAGCUAAUUGAGAUGCAAAAGGUUUCUGAAGAGGAGAAAACUAGUCUUUCCUCACAGAUUUCGCAGUUUGAAGAAGAGAUACAACAUGCUAAAAACAAGAUUCAAGAUCUUGUAACUGAAUCAAGUAUGUUAGGUGAGAAACUGGCUGACAGAGAAAGAGAGAUUUUGAGUUACGAGGCUCAGAAAGAAGAAGCAAAAGAAAAACUGGAAUCGGCAGAAAAAGAAAUUGAUAAAGUAAAUGAUAUGCGAAAGGCUGCCGAAGAAGAGAACAGUAGUCUUUCCUCGAAAAUUUCACAGCUUGAAGAAGAUAUAAAACAGGCCGAAAAGAAGAUUCAAGAUCUUAUUUCUGAAUCAAGCCAAUUAAGUGAAAGAACAGUUGUGAAAGAAAGAGAGUUCACGAGUCACCUGGAGUAUCACGAGGCUCACAAAGAAGAUGCGAAAGAGAAACUGGAAUCAGCAGCGAAAGAAAUUGCUGUGCUAAGUCAGAUGCACAAUGCCGAUGAAGAGGAGAAAACUAGCCUGUCCUUGAAGAUUUCACAGCUCGAGAAUGAGAUAAAAAUGGCUGAAAACAAGAUUCAAGAUCUUGUAACUGAAUCAAGCCAGUUAAAUGAAAAAUUGGUUGUGAAAGAAGGAGAGCUUUCGAGUCACCUGGAAAUUCACGAGGCUCACAAAGAAGAAGCAAAACAGAAAUCGGAAUUGGCAGCAAAUGAAAUUGCUAAGCUAACUCAGAUGCACAAUGCCGCUCAAGAGGAGAAAACGAGCCUCUGCUUGAAGAUUUCACAGCUCGAGAAUGAGAUAAAAAUGGCCGAAAGCAAAAUUCAAGAACUUGUUACUGAAUCAAGCCAGUUGAGUGAAAAAUUGGUUGAGAAAGAAGAAGAGCUUUCGAGACAACAGGAGAUUCACGAGGCUCACAAAGAAGAAGCAAAACAGAAAUCGGAAUUGGCAGCAAAUGAAAUUGCUAAGCUAAUGCAGAUGCACAAUGCGGCUGAAGAGGAGAAAACGAGCCUGUCUUUGAAGAUUUCACAGCUCGAGAAUGAGAUAAAAAUGGCCGAAAGCAAGAUUCAAGAACUUGUAACUGAAUCAAGCCAGUUAAAUGAAAAAUUGGUUGUUAAAGAAGGAGAGCUUUCAAGUAACCUGGAAAUUCACGAGGCUCACAAAGUAGAAGGAAUUCAGAAAUUGGAAUUAGCAGCAAAUGAAAUUGCUAAGCUAACUCAAAUGAACAAUGCGGCUGAAGAGGAGAAAACGAGCCUGUCCUUGAAGAUUUCACAGCUCGAGAAUGGAAUAAUAAUUGCCGAAAGCAAGAUUCAAGAACUUGUUAAUGAAUCAAGCCAGUUAAGUGAAAAAUUGGUUGUGAAAGAAGGAGAGCUUUCAAGUCACUUGGAGAUUCUCGUGGCUCACAAAGAAGAAGCAAAACAGAAAUCGGAAUUAGCAGCAAAUGAAAUUGCUAAGCUAACUCAGAUGCACAGUGCUGCUGAAGAGGAGAAAACGAGCCUGUCCUUGAAGAUUUCACAACUCGAGAAUGAGAUAAAAAUGGCCGAGAAAAAAAUUCAAGAUCUGGCUACUGAAUCAAGCCAGUUGAGUGAAAAAUUGGUUGAGAAAGAAGAAGAGCUUUCGAGUCACCUGGAGAUUCACAACGCUUACAAAGUGAAACUGGAAUCAGCAGAAGAAGAAAUAGUUAAGCUAAUUCAGACGCAAAAGGCUGCCGAAGAGGAGAACAAUAAUCUUUCCUUAAAGAUUUCAGAGCUCGAGAAUGAGAUAAAACUGUCUGAAAACAAGAUUCAAGAGCUUGUAAUUGAAUCAAGCCAGUUGAGAGAAAAUUUGGCUGACAAGGAGAAAGAGCUUUUGAGUCACCUAGAAAGCCACGAGGCGCAAAAAGAAGAAGCAAGGGAGAAACUGGAAUCAGCAGCAAAUGAAAUUGCAAAGCUGAGUCAGAUGCAAAAGGCUUCUGAAGAGGAGAACGCAAGCCUUUCACUGAAAAUUGCACAGCUCGUUGAUGAGAUAAAAGAAGCCGAAAACAAGAUUCAAGAUCUUGUUACAGAAUCAAGCCAUAAAUUGGCUGAGAAAGAAAGAGAGCUUUCAACUCACCUGGAGACUCAUCAUGCUCACAAAGAGCAAGUAUCAAUUCGUACGAGGGAUUUGGAACUGGAGCUUGAUUCAUCACACACUCAAAGGAGAGAGAUUGAGAAACAGAAAAAUGAUGAACUGUCUGCUCUUCUCAAAAAACUUGAGGAUCAAGAGUUGGGUUUAUUAAACCAAAUAAAUGAUCUAAAAGCACAGAACAACAGCUUUCAAGCUGAGGUGGAGUCCUUGCGGAGCCAAAAAGUUGAGCUGGAAGAGCAAAUUGUUCAUAAAAACAAUGAAGCCUCGGCUAAAAUCAAGGACUUGACAGAUCAGGUAAACACAAAGCAGGUGGAAUUGGAGUCGCUGCACAACCAAAAAGUUGAAUCGGAAGCACAACUGGAGAAAAGAAUUAAGGAAAUCUCCGAGUUCGUGACCCAGAUAGAGAAUCUGAAAGAAGAGUUGGCAAACAAAAACUCUGAGCUAAAUGGAAUCAUCGAAGAAAAGGAGAAUCUUAUGUUACAAGUGAAGGAUCUGGAAAUGGAGCUCAAUUCCUUACGCAAUCAAAAACUGGAACAGGAGGAACAGUUAGAAGGGAAAAGCAAAGAAAUCUCAGAGUUAACGAUUCGGACAGAGACUUUAGGAAAAGAGCUGGAGACAAGAACCUCAGAGAAACAGAAAACAUUGGAGGAGAGAGAUGGUCUUGUCUUGGAAUUAAAUAACCUUAAAACGGAGUUCAACAUCCUCAGUGACCAGAAACAAGAACUCGAAGAGCAGUUGAGGAGCAAAAGCGAGGAACUCAGUCAGUUGCAAGAAGAAAGGGCGAAACUGGAAGAUAGAAGUUCUGUUAUGGAGAGAGCAUUGAUUGAGAAAGAGAACGAACUCUCCACUUUACAGAAAAAAUACGAAGAAGGAGAGAGUGGAUCACUUGCCCAAAUCACGGCAUUGACUGCAGAUGUAAACGGUCUUCAAGAGCAACUGAUUUCUUUGGGUGCUCAGAAAAGCGAAGCAGACACAAUUCUUGAUAAAAAGAGUGGAGAAAUAUCAGAACUCCUUGUACAGAUUGAACAUCUAAAAGAGGAGCUGUCAAGCAAAACUGGUGAGGGAGAAAGAUUACUGGAAGAGAAGGAAAGUCUGACAGUACAGGUGAAGGAUCUUCAACUGGAGCUGGAGACUCUUCGUCGUAAUAAAGGUGAACUGGAAGAUGAAAUAAGUAUCAAACUUGAUGAGGGAAAUCAGUUGAGGGAGGAGAAGGGUGUCCUCGAGAGCAAGAUCAUUGAAUUAGAAAAGACGUUAGUAGAGAGAGGGGACGAGGUCGUUUCUGUCCAGAAAAAAAUGGAGGAAGUGCAGAAUGAAGCAUCCGUUGAAGUUUCUGCUUUGACGAAACAGGUUGAGUCGUUACAGAAAGAGCUGGAAUUGCUGCAGUCUGAGAAAAGCCAAUUGGAAGUGCAAAUCGAGAGAAGCAAGCAAGAAUCCACAGAGAGUUUGUCUCUCGCUGACAAAAAUAACGUUGAGUUAUUGAACAAGAUCGCAGAAAACGAGACGAAGCUGAAAGAAGAAGAAGGUGCAUUGAUCAAAUUGUCCGAUGAGCACAAACAACUGGAAGUUGAGUUCCAAAAAAGCGAGGAGAAUCUCAAAUCAGCAGAGAAGAAGAUAGAAGAGAUGACACUGCAGUUCCACAACGACACUGAAGCGAAAACUCAAGACAUCGAUCUACUGCAAGAAAAUAUAGAGGAGCUAAAGAGAGAUCUUGAAAUGAAAGUGGAUGAAAUAAAUACGUUGGUAGAAAAUGUACGAAAUAUCGAGGUUAAGCACCGCUUGAUAAGUCAGAAGCUCAAGAUCACAGAACAGCUAUUAAGCGAGAAAGAUGAAGACCACCUGAAGAAAGAGGAGAAAUUGCACGAAGAGCAAAAAUUGCUCGAAGAGAGGGUCGCUAAGUUUGCGAGGAUAAUUGCUGUUCACAAAGAAGCCGAAACGAAAAUAGUAGCAGAAAUAUCGAAGAAUGUAGAUCUUACAUCGACUGGAAUCGAUGCAUUCCACGUGAAGUUUGAGGAAGACUAUGGCCACUUAGAAUCUCGUGUCUACGAAUUUGUGAAUGAGCUUAAAGUCGCAACGAACUGCAUCAGAGAAACUAAUAUCGAGAGAGAGAAGCUAAAGAAGGAUAUUGCCAGUCUAGCUACACAACUGAAUGAAGAGAAAGAUAAAGAGCUGCUUUUGGAGGGAAAAAUCGGUGAAAUGGAAAUCGUACUUCGAAAAAACGAAAGCGAAAAGAAAAGCUUAAUCGAAAAUGUGGGAGAGCUGGAGAAAAAGAUAGAGGAGAAAGAUUUGGGAUUGGUUAGCCUGGGUGAGGAGAAAAUCGAGGCGAUAAAACAACUGAGUAUUUGGAUUGAAUAUCAUCGAAACAGAUACGAUGAGCUCAAAGAAAUGGUUGCGAAAUCGAGAGGCGGAAGACGGCAGAUCGCUGCUUAAUGGGGUAUUUUUCUAUAUCAAUCUCUGAACUUGUUUUACUGGUAUAUUUUUUCAGUCGAGUCUUUUUCGUAUUUCUUGUCAGUAAGUAUGUGUAUUGUUCUAUUCUUUGAGGUUGUUACAGGGGAGGGGGUAUAGGAAAAUAUUAUUCUGAUUUGUUUUGAUUUUUGUGUAGUUAUUAAGUUCAAAUUUAGUGUUUUGCAGUUAAGGAACUAUUGCUUUGUGAUAAUAUCACUAGGCAUUUCUUUUGUAUAGUAGAUUUCCUGGAAAGUGUGUUUUUUUCUCUUUCUUGGACUCAUAAAUUCAAUAAGACAUUGUGUGUUAUUCAUAA